GGUGCGGGAGUCGGGUGGGUCGGCGGCUAUAAAGCGGGUGGCCGGGGGCGGCCCCGUGGACCGUCUGUUCGUGGCCGCCUCGCCCGCCCUCCGCUGCUGCCGCCCGGCCUCUUCGGGUGCCUGAAGGAGGAGACAGUGACAGACCUGGAGGCUGCAGCUCUUUGUCCCUCACACAGCUCUUUCACCAUGCCUGGCUCACUUCCUUUGAAUGCAGAAGCCUGCUGGCCAAAAGAUGUGGGAAUCGUUGCCCUAGAGAUCUAUUUUCCUUCUCAAUUUGUCGAUCAAGCAGAGUUGGAGAAAUACGAUGGUGUAGAUGCUGGGAAGUAUACUGUCGGCUUGGGCCAGGCCAGGAUGGGCUUCUGCACAGACAGAGAAGAUAUCAACUCUCUUUGCUUGACUGUGGUUCAGAAUCUCAUGGAGAGAAAUAGUCUUUCCUAUGACUGCAUUGGACGGCUAGAAGUUGGAACCGAGACAAUCAUCGACAAGUCCAAGUCCGUGAAGACUAAUCUGAUGCAACUCUUUGAGGAAUCUGGAAACACAGAUAUCGAAGGCAUAGACACGACUAACGCGUGCUAUGGAGGCACGGCUGCUGUCUUCAAUGCUGUCAACUGGGUAGAGUCCAGCUCUUGGGAUGGACGGUAUGCCCUGGUAGUUGCCGGAGAUAUUGCUGUAUAUGCCACAGGAAAUGCCAGGCCGACAGGAGGAGCUGGAGCCGUCGCUAUGCUGAUUGGGCCAAACGCUCCUUUAGUUUUUGAAAGAGGACUCCGAGGCACACACAUGCAGCAUGCCUAUGAUUUCUACAAGCCUGACAUGCUGUCUGAAUAUCCUGUAGUGGAUGGAAAGCUGUCGAUACAGUGCUACCUCAACGCUCUAGACCGCUGCUAUUCUGUCUACCGCAAAAAGAUCCGUGCCCAGUGGCAGAAGGAGGGAAAUGAUAAAGAUUUCACCUUGAAUGAUUUUGGCUUCAUGAUCUUCCAUUCACCCUAUUGUAAACUGGUUCAGAAAUCUCUAGCUCGGAUGUUGCUGAAUGACUUCCUUAAUGACCAGAACAGAGAUAAAAAUACUGUCUAUAGCGGCCUGGAAGCCUUUGGGGAUGUUAAAUUAGAAGAUACCUACUUUGACAGAGAUGUGGAGAAGGCAUUUCUGAAGGCUAGUUCUGAACUGUUUAAUCAGAAAACAAAGGCAUCUUUGCUCGUAUCAAAUCAGAAUGGAAAUAUGUAUACCUCCUCAGUGUACGGCUCCCUCGCCUCUGUUCUAGCACAGUACUCACCUCAGCAGCUGGCAGGGAAGAGAGUCGGCAUAUUCUCGUACGGUUCUGGCCUGGCUGCCACACUUUAUUCUAUUAAAAUCACCCAAGAUGCCACACCAGGAUCUUCUCUGGACAAGAUCACAGCAAGCUUAUGUGACCUUAAACCAAGGCUUGACUCAAGAACGUCUCUGGCCCCAGAUGUCUUUACAGAAAACAUGAAGCUCAGAGAGGAUACUCAUCACCUAGCCAACUAUAUUCCCCAGAGUUCUGUCGACUCCCUCUUUGAAGGAACAUGGUACCUGGUCAGGGUGGAUGAGAAGCACAGGAGAACUUACGCCCGGCGCCCCUCUCCAAAUGACGACACACUGGGUGACGGAGGAGGACUUGUGCAUUCCAACACCGCGACUGAGCAUAUUCCCAGUCCUGCGAAGAAAGUGCCAAGACUGCCAGCGACAGCAGCAGAACCGGAAGCGGCUGUCAUCAGUAAUGGGGAGCACUAAGCGCUCUGUGGGUGGGUGGGACACCGCGGGCUGGGGGGGGGUGUGAAUGUGAAUGGCUGCAGCAGCAGACUCUGCGGACAAUUUUAAAGGAUUAGACGUUUAAUUUUUAUUUUUAUGUGGCUGACAUGGAGCCUGAAAAACUAUCGUGUUCUUGGGAAAGUGUCUGCUCGAUUUGCUAACAUGCUUCCUAUUAGGGUCUAGCCAAUGGGCAAUGUACUAGAAUGAUGUCAAGGGCUCUGUAAGCCCCAGACCUCUCUGGCCACUUGUAUGUAUGCAUGGUUUCGUUUUAAAAUGUGGUAUGAUGAAUUGUAUGCUUCUGGCUGAAGAAAACAGAAGUACUCGUCUUCAAUUUUGAUUUUUUUAAACAUGUAAGAAUUUUAUCCUUUGAAUGAACAAGAUUACCGAAAACUGUUUCUAGUCUAGAGAAGUGUGGUCUUCAAUGUGGUAUGCACAAACCCUGUUUGAAAAUGUACAACAAAAAUGCUUUUGUUCUAAAAUUAUAAAUUCUGAAGAGAAAGGAUUAGGACAGUAACAGUGGUUCUGGAAACUGGAAUAUUAAUGAAAGUUACUGCAGUGCCCUUUGUGGACAGAAUGCUUUUGUGUUGAGCAGAAGUCUGUUAGAGACAGUAAGUACUCUUUGCUUGGGAGCCGCGGAUUUAGUUUUAGAUCUACUCCUGAAUACAUUCAAAGUGGGUUAUGUUGAACAACACUGAGAUGUUAUUGGAUCUGUGUCUGAGGAAGAUGGUUAUGCAGUCCUUUGUACCUGAUUUUGAAUUUAUUGAAGAAUCAAUACAACAUUCUCCUGGCUGCCUUGUAAUUUUAAAACAGAAAAAUAUGGACAGGGUACUAUCAGGUUACUUCUGAUUCUUCAGUGUUAUAGGUUCAAUUUAAGACUGACAAACUAAAUUUAGGGUGUAAGUAUUCACUGCUUCUUUUUUCUUACCUGUUCAACAAAAAUUGAAAGUACAACCCAGCUUUUUACUUGUUAAAAAGCCCAAAAGAAUCAUACUUCCAUAUCUGGAGGUUGGGCUUAUAAAUCAUUUAUUAUAGUAAAUUAUAAAUCUCAGACUUUUACCUUAAAAACUAGCAGAAACUAUCACACGGGAUGAAGAAGACUAGCUAGAUAGUUUUGUAGACCUCCCUGGUGCUGAACUAUGACACGAGCCUUAUAGACGGUAAAACAGAGAUAGUCGGAACUAAUGUACAGAACUAAUUUUUUAAAAAUGUCGUUCUGUGAGGUUCCAGUUAUCUAAAACGUACACAAAUAUGAAAUGUAAUGUUUUAAAUUGCAAGGUAAUAUGUAAUGUAGUGUUUGUAAAAUACGCUUGUCUUAAUAUUGGUAGUAUUUUGAUUUGUACAGUCACACUUGGUAAAAAUGACUUCACUUGAACAUCCGCUGAUACACAUUUAAUAAUGCAAGUUCAGAUUCAAAAAUUGGAGGGGAAAUGGUGCAUGUGAUCCUUUUGCAAGUAUUGAGAGCUAGGUGUGUUCUGAGAAGUCAAAUAACUUCUCAGUGUCAGGAAAUGGGUCUUCUCAAAGUCCAUUGCCGGCAAUGGGCAUACCCAGCAAUAUUGGUACAGAGCACUAACUGUUUACCUUACUAACAGUGAGGAGAAUAACUGAAUAAAAUUUUAGAGAAA